AUGACUGAAAAGGUUGAUGCUCAUGUGAGUGUCGUCAGUAGUGGAAGAUUGGCACCCGAGAGCCACCAGUUCGACUUGAAUGCGGUCAUGUCCAAGGCUGUUUCUCUCGGUGAUGUUGCGGAGCAGUUUACCUCGGACCAGAAGUUCUAUAUUUUGCAACAACUCGGCUACGAGCAUCUUGAGUCUUUUGAGGACCUUCCCGUCAAUGCCACUUACAUGUUGGAGAAGAUCGCCUCUUUGAGUACAGAAGAGGCCGUGGAAAUCAUCAAUGAGGCCCUUGACCAGCACGAGGGAGACUUGAACCUUAGUAUGGCGAGGUUGGACUUCAUGAAAGCUCUCGUGGACUACAACACUGCUGGUCGGGUUUCUACUUCCAAAAAGACAGGCGUGACUGAAGAAAAGUCUGAGAUCCAGCAGACUGUGGAGUCGUUGGACGAGCUCUCGUCUGAUGCCUCUGGAACCUUCAACAAAGCAGAGCCCUUUGCUAUCUUUGACUGGGAUCUUCAGGUGAAAACCCAGGCUGGUAUCAUCGGUUUUUGGUCAAUCUACCCCGAGGUAAGAUCUGUUGCCCAGCCGUUCGAUGACCAGGUGCCUUGUGAGACUUUCCGUGUGUAUGUCCUCGGUCUUUUGUGGACCAUCAUUGGGUCCUUCAUCAACCAGUUCUUCACCGAAAGAAUGCCCAGUAUUGGUUUGUCUACCGCAGUGGUGCAGCUCUGUAUGUUUCCUUGUGGUAAGUUUUUGGAGAAGGUUCUUCCAGCCUGGGAUGUGAAGAUCUGGAAGUGGAAGUUCAACUUGAAUCCUGGUCCGUGGAGUGCCAAAGAGCAAAUGUUGGCCACCCUUACAUACUCUGUCAGUGGAGGCACAAUUUACGUUUCCUACAACCUUCACAAUCUCCAGUUGGACAAGUUCUACGGGGUCAAAUGGGUUGACUUCGGAUACCAGAUCAUUUUGACGCUCAGUACCAGUUUCAUGGGAUUCGGCUUGGCUGGUAUUGUCAGGAAGUUUGUUGUUUAUCCUGUCAACUGUCUCUGGCCCAGUAUCUUGCCCACAGUUGCCCUUAACAGAGCCUUGUGUCAACCAGAGAAGAAGAGUAAUAUCAGCGGCUGGAGGAUUUCCAGUUUUUCCUUCUUUUUGAUCGUCACCGCCGGAUCCUUCCUAUACUUCUGGAUCCCCAACUUUUUGUUCACGGCGCUUUCAAAGUUCAACUGGAUUACGUGGAUUGCUCCUAACAACUUCAACGUGGCUGCCAUCACCGGAUCCCAGUCAGGAUUGGGCCUCAACCCUAUCACCACUUUCGACUUCAACAUUAUUCUUUACAGCUCCCCUCUUGCGCUUCCUUUUUUCACAACCUUGAACUACUACAUUGGAGCUGUGAUUGGUAUGUUUUGCAUUAUUGGAAUCUGGUGGACAAACUACAAGUGGACUGCCUAUCUUCCAAUCAAUUCAAAUGCGUUGUUCACACGUACUGGAAAGAGGUACUCUGUGACCUCUAUCUUGAACGAGGACUACCUCUUGGACAACGAGAAGUACCAGAAAGUUGGCCCUCCUUUUUACACAGCUGCCCAGCUCGUUUCAUACGGUGCCUUUUUUGCCUUGUACCCAUUUACCGUGUUCUACAUUGGAGCCACAAAUUUCAAGCAGCUUGCGUUUGCAACCAAAGGGUUUUUGAAAAUGUUCAAACUCAAGAGAACCUCCACUUACGAUGGCUACAACGAUCCCUUCAGCAGGUCUAUGGCUAAAUACAAGGAGGUGCCUGAGUGGUGGUUCACGAUCAUCUUGGUGAUUUCAUUGGUGCUUGCCAUCUUAGCCGCCAAAAUCUACCCAUCACAGGCCCCAGUGUGGUCGAUUUUCUUUGCCUUGGGUAUCAACUUUGUCUUUUUGAUCCCCAUCUGUAUCUUCUACGCACAGACCGGCUAUUCCUUUGGUCUUAACGUUUUGGUGGAGUUGAUUUACGGUUACGCCAACCCUGGCAAUGGUUUGGGUCUCAACUUCGUCAAGGCCUACGGAUAUGUCAUUGAUGGCCAGGCCGAAAACUACAUCACCAACCAGAAACAGGCACACUACAUGAGAAUCCCACCCAGAUCCCUUUUCCGUCUCCAGAUGAUCUCCGUUUUCAUCCACUGCCUUGUGCAAUUGGGUACCUUCAACUUGCAAAUCAACACCAUCGAGGACUACUGUGAUCCUAGACAGUCACAAAACUUCAGCUGCCCUCUGUCCAGAACCUUCUAUUCUGCGUCCAUUCUCUGGGGUGUGAUUGGACCCAAGAAGGUGUUUGGCGGGCUCUAUCCCGUUUUGCAGUGGUGCUUCUUGAUCGGCUUUUUGUUGGUCUUUCCAUGUGUGUUGUUGAAGAGGUACUUCAACAGAAACAGCUUUGUCAAGUAUUUCCACCCUGUGCUUGUCAUCCAGGGCUUCAUCUUGUGGGCUCCUUACAACUUGUCUUACAUCACACCAGGCCUUUACGUGAGUUGGACAUUCAUGUCGUACAUCAAGCGCCGGUACGAGGCCUGGUGGGCCAAGUACAAUUACAUUCUUGCUGGGGGGUUGACCGCAGGUAUAGCCUUUUCCAGUAUUAUCAUUUUCUUUUCCCUCCAGUACCACUCCAAGCUGGUGGUGUGGUGGGGUAACACUGUGAACAAACAGGGUCUCGAUUACAUUGGACCACCCCGUUUGAACGCUACUCUCGAGGCGCCAGAGGGUUACUUUGGGCCUCGUGUGGGCAACUUUCCAUGA